AUGGUCGCCAUUCCCACGUAUCUCUUGGCCUCGUCGGCCGUGUCCAGCCUGGGGCCGCUGACCCCUCGUAAUUCGGUUAUACGAUCACCGGACCCAUCGCCACAGUCAUCUUCGUCAACUCUAUUGUCGGACCCUGAUUCCUCGAGUCCUUUCGCCUCUAUCCUGGGACCUCACAUCUCAUCCAAUUUCCCUGACCCUGCUAUCAUUUAUGUUGACGGCGUGUCGUAUGCUUUUGCGACCAAUAACCGGGCCGCGCCGCCGGAUCUGGUCCACGUUCAGGUGGCCACGUCAACGGACAAUCAGACGUGGACCCUGCUCGAUCAUCAUGACGCUCUCCCUACUCUAGGGUCAUGGGAGACAGGCGCUGGUGUUUGGGCCCCGGAUGUGGUUCAAUUGGAUGAUGGAUCAUUUGUCCUCUACUAUUCGGAUAAUGUCGUCUGGUCCCCUGCACAUCACUGUGUGGGUGCAGCAACUUCUCAGAAUGUUCUGGGACCCUAUGUCCCACUUAACACUCCUUUCGCUUGCCCGGACGUCAACGCGCUCGGUGGGGCUAUCGACCCCGACGGCUUCCUCGAUGAGUCUACCAACAAGCGAUAUGUCGUCUACAAAGUCGAUGGAAACUCCAUUGGCCACGGCGGCUCCUGUGGCAACAGCGUUGAACCCAUCGUCGCAACACCUCUCAUGCUCCAGGAGGUCGGCCCUGACGGCAUCACUCUCAUUGGAGAUGCUGUUCAGAUUCUGGAUCGCGACGAGCUUGACGGCCCAUUGAUCGAGGCGCCGGCACUCCAUCGUUCCGACGAAGGAAUCUACUUCUUGUUCUUCAGCAGCAACUGCUUUACGACACCUAAAUACGACGUCUCUUAUGCUACUGCGACGAACAUUUGGGGCCCUUACACGAAAUCAAGCCGUCCAUUGCUUGUUACUAGCGAUGCAGACCUCACUGGACCUGGUGGAAUGGACAUCAUCAAGGGCGGCAAUAUGAUUCUCUUCCAUGGUCAUAUGACCAUCAACAACGACCCCACGAUCAAGAAAGAGGCAGAGACCCUUGCAGCCUCAAAGAACACCACGAUCAAUAAAGUGAACCUGCCUUUAGUCCGAGGUAUGUGGUCUGGCACCACAACCUUCCAAGGCACAGACGUCUUACUAUCGUGA